CUGACAGGCGAGUCGAUGGCUACAUCCUCUUUAUCGGCUCCCCACCACCCGCUUCUUCUCCCAACCCACCCAUCCUUUAUCCAUCUUCGUCUAAAUUGACACUCGAGCCAGGCAGGCUCGCAUCCUCCCGCGUUCCAGCUAUCCUUCCGCCCGACACCACGCCUUACAUAGCGGACGCCGAGUGCAAACUGUAUAGGGAGGUUGCGCGAACCGAGAGAAAACGGGAGACGGCGGAUCCUGCUAAAUAUUCUCGUGCGACGAAAUCCAGUCACACAGAUUUUCAGCGCUACCGACCGCUCCAUCAGCCAGCAGUAAGAUGGCUGGGGCGUCGGUGAAAGUGGCGGUGAGGGUCCGCCCCUUCAACUCUAGAGAGAUGGCCAAGGACAGCAAAUGUAUCAUCCAGAUGACAGGAAACACCACAACAAUCCUGAACCCCAAACAGCCAAAAGAAAACAAGAGUUUCAACUUUGAUUAUUCCUACUGGUCUCACACCACGCCCGAGGACAUCAACUAUGCAUCCCAGAUGCAAGUGUACAAGGACAUUGGCGAAGAGAUGCUGCUCCAUGCUUUCGAAGGCUACAAUGUGUGUAUAUUUGCAUACGGACAGACAGGAGCGGGCAAAAGCUACACCAUGAUGGGACGGCAGGAAACCGACCAACAGGGCAUCAUCCCUCUGCUCUGUGAGGACCUUUUUACCAAGAUCAGUGACAGCAAUAAUGACAACAGCAUGUCUUACUCUGUGGAGGUGAGUUACAUGGAAAUCUACUGCGAGCGUGUCAGGGACUUGCUGAACCCCAAAAACAAAGGGAACCUACGGGUUAGAGAGCACCCGCUGAUGGGACCCUACGUGGAAGACUUGUCCAAACUGGCUGUCACCUCUUACAACGAUAUACAGGACCUGAUGGACUCUGGGAACAAGGCCAGAACGGUGGCUGCAACAAACAUGAACGAGACCAGCAGCCGUUCCCACGCCGUUUUUAACAUCAUCUUCACUCAGAAGAAACACGACUCGGAGACUGACAACACGUCUGAAAAGGUUAGCAAGAUCAGCUUGGUGGACCUGGCUGGUAGCGAACGCGCUGACUCGACUGGUGCAAAAGGAACCAGACUCAAGGAAGGAGCUAACAUCAACAAAUCUUUGACCACACUGGGCAAAGUUAUCUCUGCUUUAGCUGAGCAGGACUCGGCCCCAAACAAGAACAAGAAGAAGAAGAAGGUGGAGAGUUUCAUCCCCUACAGAGAUUCUGUCCUGACGUGGUUGCUGAGGGAAAACUUAGGUGGAAACUCUCGUACAGCCAUGGUGGCUGCUCUCAGCCCUGCUGAUAUAAACUAUGAUGAGACCCUCAGUACACUGCGGUACGCCGACCGCGCCAAGCAGAUCCGCUGCAACGCUGUCAUCAACGAGGACCCGAACAACCGUCUGGUGCGUGAGCUGAAAGAGGAGGUGGCGCGCCUCAAAGAUCUGCUCUACGCUCAGGGUUUGGGCGACAUCAUUGAGAACCUGUGCGAUUACAAGAACUUUGUGAAUGAUCGCCAGGCUGUCAAUCAAAGGGGUGAUCUCUCCACAGUGACCAAUGCCAUGACGGGCAUGAGCCCCUCCCCUUCAUUGUCGGCCAUGUCCAGUCGGGCCGCCUCCAUCAGCAACCUCCACGAUCGCAUUUUCAGCCCGGCUAGCGAGGAGGCCAUCGAGAGGCUGAAGGAGACAGAGAAAAUCAUUGCAGAACUCAACGAAACUUGGGAAGAAAAACUCCGACGUACUGAGGCCAUUCGCAUGGAAAGAGAGGCCCUGCUUGCUGAGAUGGGUGUUGCCAUGCGAGAAGAUGGCGGCACCGUUGGUGUUUUCUCCCCGAAAAAGGUAAAGAGUCUAAACUAUAAAAAAGUCCAAAUGAGAAUAUAUUCUUCAGCAUUUCUUUUUCUUGUUCAGACGCCGCAUCUGGUCAACCUGAACGAGGACCCGCUGAUGUCUGAGUGUCUGCUGUACUAUAUUAAAGACGGCAUCACAAAGGUCGGUCGCGAUGAUGCCAAGGCACGCCAGGACAUUGUGCUCAGUGGACAUUUUAUCCGAGAUGAGCACUGUACCUUCAGUAGCACCACAGGCCCUCAGGGAGAAGGUUGUGUGGUUCUGGAGCCCUGCGAGGAUGCAGAGACGUAUGUUAAUGGGAAGCGAGUGACAUCGCCAACUGUGUUGCGCUCAGGAAACCGCAUCAUCAUGGGCAAGAGUCACGUGUUCCGCUUCAAUGACCCCGAGCAGGCUCGGCUGGAGCGCGAGAGGACACCGUGCGCCGAGACCCCAGUGGAGCCUGUCGACUGGGCUUUUGCUCAGAGAGAAUUGCUGGAGAAGCAAGGCAUCGACAUGAAGCAGGAGAUGGAGCAGAGGCUGCAGGAGCUAGAGGAUCAAUAUCGUAAAGAAAGAGAAGAAGCCAGUAUCUUGCUUGAGCAACAGAGACUGGACUAUGAGAGUAAGCUGGAGGCUCUCCAGAAGCAGGUGGACUCUCGCUACCUGGAAUCACCAGAGGAAGAAGAAGAACCAGAGGAAGAAGUGCCGUGGACCAAGCGUGAGACAGAGCUAGCACUGUGGGCCUUCCGAAAGUGGCGUUUUUACCAGUUCACCUCACUCCGGGAUCUACUUUGGGGCAAUGCCAUCUUCCUCAAGGAGGCCAAUGCUAUAAGUGUGGAAUUAAAGAAGAAGGUCCAGUUCCAGUUCGUCCUUCUGACAGACACCCUGUACUCCCCCCUGCCUGCUGACUUGCUGCCUCCCAGCGAGACCAAAGAGAGGGAGAGGAGACCGUUCCCUCGGACCAUCGUGGCCGUGGAAGUACAGGACCAAAAGAACGGAGCCACGCAUUACUGGACUCUAGAAAAGCUCAGGCAGCGACUGGAUCUGAUGAGAGAAAUGUACGAUCGAGCCGCUGAGCUCCCGAGCAGCGCCGUAGAGGACUGUGACCAUGCUCUCACCGGCGGGGAUCCCUUCUACGACCGCUUUCCAUGGUUCCGUCUGGUUGGCAGGGCAUUUGUUUACUUGAGCAACCUGCUCUAUCCAGUUCCAUUGGUCCAUCGUGUGGCCAUCGUGAGUGAGAAGGGUGAAGUAAAGGGUUUCCUUAGAGUGGCUGUGCAGGCCAUUUCCGCGGAUGAAGAAGCUCCAGAUUACGGUUCUGGUGUAAGGCAGUCAGGCACCGCCAAGAUCUCCUUUGAAGAUAAACAGUUUGAGAAGUUCCAGACGGAGUCGUGUCCAUCAGGUGGUCUUUCCCACUCCAACACCUCACAGGAGGAGCUUCGCAUUGUAGAAGGUGAAGGUCAAAAUGCGGAAAUAGGAAUCUCUGCCGAUGAAGUCAACAAUAACACGUGUGAAGCUACCCCAGAGCCUCCACCCAGCCCUAUGAAGAGCUCAGGAUAUGGUCUGGAUCUCCCUUUGGAACUCUCGCCAGAGAAGGCUUUGUCCCACCUUAAGAUAGGCAGUACAUUCACCUUUAGAGUCACCGUCUUGCAGGCCUCCAGCAUAUCAGCAGAGUAUGCCGACAUCUUCUGCCAGUUCAACUUUAUUCACCGCCAUGAUGAAGCGUUCUCCACUGAGCCUCUGAAGAACACCGGCAGGGGCCCACCACUUGGCUUCUACCAUGUGCAAAAUAUCUCAGUGGAGGUAACCAAAUCAUUCGUGGAGUACAUCAAGACCCAGCCUAUUGUCUUUGAGGUGUUUGGUCACUAUCAAAAACAACCUUUUCCACCGCUCUGCAAGGAUUUAAUCAGUCCACUGAGACCAUCUAGACGGCAAUUCCCCAGAGUGAUGCCUUUGUCCAAACCGGUGCCGGCCACCAAGCUUAGCACUCUCACCCGCUCCGCAGCCGGACCUUGCCACUCUAAAUAUGACCUCAUGGUCUUCUUUGAAAUUUGUGAGCUGGAAGCCAGCGGAGAUUACAUCCCUGCUGUCGUUGAUCACCGAGGCGGAAUGCCCUGCCAUGGCACCUACCUCCUACAUCAGGGUAUUCAGAGAAGGAUAACAGUAACCAUAGCUCAUGAAAAUGGAAACGACAUUGAAUGGAAGGAGGUUAAGGAGCUGGUUAUUGGUCGCAUCCGGAACACCCCGGAGGCUGAUGAAACCAUCAUAGACCCCAACAUCCUCUCCCUGAACAUCCUUUCUUCUGGAUAUUUCUGGCCAAAACAUGAUGACAACGUCUCCUUGGGAGUUGAUCAUAGGACCUUCUACCGGUUUGAGGCAGCGUGGGACAGCUCCAUGCACAACUCCCUCCUCCUGAAUAGAGUUACGCCCUAUGGAGAGAAGAUCUACAUAACCCUCUCGGCCUAUCUAGAGAUGGAGAAUUGCACUCAGCCCACUGUCAUCACAAAAGAUUUCUGCAUGGUUUUUUACUCGCGUGACACCAAGCUCCCAGCGUCUCGUUCCAUCCGAAAUCUCUUCAGCACAGGCUGCCUCAGGCCUUCUGAGAGUAACCGUGUCACCGGAGUGUACGAAGUGACUCUCUGCUACGUUGCCGACAAUGGGAGUCCAGGUAUGCAGAGACGUCGCAGGCGAGUGCUGGACACCUCGGUGGCGUACGUACGUGGAGAGGAAAACCUGGCCGGGUGGAGGCCUCGUAGUGACAGCCUCAUUUUGGACCACCAGUGGGAGCUGGAGAAACUCAGUUUACUUCAGGAGGUGGAGAAGACCCGGCAUUACCUGUUACUGAGGGAGAAGCUGGAGGCCACCCUCCUGGCCGGUCAGGACACUCUCUACAAAGGAAGUGACAUCAGCGACUUUGCCAAAAGUCCGGUUCUGAGUCAUAGUCCAGCGAGCAGCCCAGCACUGGACAGCCCAAAUCAGAGGCAGAGGGAGCUGGCUGCUAAGUGUCUGCGUCUGCUGAUGCACACCUUCAACAGGGACUACAGCCAGGUGAGCAGCAGUGCCAGUGAGAGCAAGCUCUCCGAGAUCUCAGCGUCAUUGAUGAGGGAGGCAUCCGUGUCCACGCUCAGUACGCUCACCCCAUCCUCCACCUGCCCUUCGCUGAUUGAAGGACACUUUGACAUUAGACACACUGAACCUGGUUCCGGAGCAUCCAGCCCUGAUUUGGAUCCGUUCAGCCCCGUGGACAGAAAGAAAUCUCUCAAAGGUUGCAGCUUUGUUCCGGACAUUCAGGAAAUACGAGUCAGCCCAAUCGUGUCCAAGAAGGGUUACCUCCACUUUCUGGAACCUCACGCCAGCGGCUGGGUGAAACGCUACGUGGUGGUGCGCCGGCCCUAUGUUUACCUUUAUCGCAGCGAGAGGGACAGCGUGGAGAGAGCCAUCAUCAACCUAUCGUCGGCCAAGGUGGAAUACAGCGAAGACAAGCAGACCUUGCUGCGGACUCCAAACACAUUUGCCGUGUGCACCGAGCAUCGUGGGAUACUGCUUCAAGCCAACAAUGACAAAGAGAUGCACGACUGGCUUUAUGCUUUCAAUCCUCUGUUGGCAGGAACCAUCAGGUCCAAGCUGUCCAGAAGAAAGUCAGUGCAGUCGGCGCCGGUUGCUCAGCGGAUGUGAGGCACAUCGUAGGCGUCUUUGAAAACACAACACAAUCUAAAACCACCAUCUUUCUCACUUCAACAUCCUCAAAGCACUGAAAUAACCUUUGAAAUAUACAGUAUGUACUCGAAUCUAACAUGCCAUCACUGUAACAAAUCUGCAUGUUGACAAUACGCUGUAUAGUAAUAGACGGUACAUGUAGUUAGUUCUUCUUUGUUAGUAGCGCACAGGCUAAUCCACACACAACCACAGUAUGUUUGUUCUUACAAGCAGGACAUCAUUGGCAUGCUUGCAAAACAGUUACUACGCAUCCUUCACUCUUUCGUCAAUAGCAGUGAACGAGUGUGGAGUUGGAUCGGGAACCAAUGCUCAAACAGCUUUCUAUUUGCGAUGCAGGUAAAGACAAAGUGGUUUGUUGUACCUAAACUGCCCAGAGGAAAAAAGAUCAAGUGAAAAAAAACACCUUGGCCUUUAAAAGAAAAAAACAUUCUCCCAUUUGCUUGUUAUUUCAGAGCAAUGCUAUUUAUUGUGGCUUUAUGUUUUUAGUUAUUUGUGAUGGCACUAGUGAGCAAUUUUGUUGCACGGCACUUUAUCGUCCUCGUUGCGUUUUUGCUUUACCAAAGCUUUGUUUUUUACCGUUGUGUAGAGUUUCCACUUGCGUUACCAAAUUUUAGUGCGUCAAAGAUUCUCAUGUAAUAAUUGAGCCAAACAUUUCCCCACUUUGUAAUCAAAAUUAGUAAAAUCACAAUUAUCGAAUGACUCAAAGAUUAUUCUAUGGAGUGAGUUAUGCGCAAAAUUAUUUAUUGCGCUUUAUUAACCUAUUAGCUGCAAGGGUGUUUUGUGUGGGUUAUUUGUAUAAACUGAUUAUUGUCCUAAAAUGUUUGGGGUAACCUGACCAACGCAUAAAGUAAAUCACCACACGAUAGUCUCUCAGGUUACUCUGUUUAGACAAGUUCAUCAAUUUGGCAUGUGCUGAUUUUGAUCGCAAAUUGGAGAAAAGUCUCAAAUUUGGCUCGAUUAUUGAAAUGUGCUAACACUGCUGGCCAAAAGUAUUGGCGCCCCUGCAAUUCUGUUAGAUAAUGCUCAAUUUCUCCCAGAAAAUGAUUGCAAUUACAAAUGCUUUGGUAGUAAUAUCUUCAUUUGUUUUACUUGCAAUGAAAAAACACAAAAGAGAAUGAAAAAAAAUUAAAUCAAUAUCAUUUUACACAUCUCCAAAAAUGGGCCGGACAAAAGUAUUGGCACCCUUUGAAAAAUCAUGUGAUGCUUUUCUAAUUUGUGUAAUUAACAGGACUUGUUACUUACCUGUGGCACGUAACAGGUGGUGGCAAUAACUGAAUUACACUUGCAGCCAGUUAAAAUGGAUUAAACUUGACUGGACCUCUGUCCUGUGUCCUUGUGUGUACCUCAUUGAGCAUGGAGAAAAGAAAGAAGACCAAAGAACUGUCUGAGGACUUGAGAAGCAAAAUUGUGAGGCAGCAUGAUCAAUCUCAAGGCUACAAAUCGUUGCCAAAGAGCUGAAUGUUCCUGUGUCUACCGUGCGCAGUCACAUCAAUAAGUGUAAAGCCCAUGGCACUGCGGCUAACCUCCCUAGAUGUGGAUGGAAAAGAAAAAUUGAUGAGAGAUUUCAAAAAAAGAUUGCGAGGAUGGUGGAUAAAGGACCUUGACUAACAAACAAGUUCAAGCUGUCCUGCAGUCCGAAGGUACAACAGUGUCAACCUGUACUAUCCGUCAGUGUCUGAAUGAAAAGGGACUCGAUGGUAGGAUACCCAGGAAGACCCAACUUCUGACCCAGAGACAUAAAAAAACGCCAGGCUGGAGUUUGCCAAAACUUAGAUGAAAAACUUAGAAAGCCAAAAAUGUUUUGGAAGAAUGUUCUCUGGUCAGAUGAGACAAAAGUAGAGCUUUUUGGGAAAAGGCAUCAACAUAGAGUUAACAGGGAAAAAAAACAAGGCCUUCAAAGGAAAGAACACCAUCCCCACAUUCAAACAUGGUGGAGGUUCCCUGAUAUUUUGGGGUUGCUUUGCUACCUCUGGCACUGGACUGCUUGACUGUGUGCAUGGCAUUGUGAAGUCUGAAGACUACCAACAAAUUUUGUAGCAUAAUGUAGGGCCCAGUGUAAGAAAGCUGGGUCUCCCUCAGAGCUAAUGGGUCUUCCAGCAGGACAAUGACUCAAAAAACACUACAAAACGCACUAGAAAAUAGUUUGAGAGAAAGCACUGGAGACUUCUAAAGUGGCCAGCAAUGAGUCCAGACCUGAAUCCCAUAGAACACCUGUGGAACAAUCUGAAAAUGGCAGUUUGGAGAAGGCAGCCUUUUAAUCUCAGAGACCUGGAGCAGUUGGCCAAAGAAGAAUGGUCUAAAAUUCCAUCAGACCAUUGUAAGAAACUCAUUGAUGGAUACCGGAAGCGGUUUUUCGCAGGCUCAAAGGCUCAAGUAUUAGGUUGAGAGUGCCAAUACUUUUGUCCGGCCCAUUUUUCGAGUUUUGUGUAAAAUGAUAAUGAUUCGAUUUUCAAUCUCUUUUGUGUUUUUUAAUUGCAAGCAAAAUAAAUGAUAGUACUACCAAAGCAUCUGUAAUUGCAGUCAUUUUCUGGGAGAAAUUGAGCAUUAUCCGACAGAACUGCAGGGGUGCCAAUACUUUUGGCCGUAGUGUAUAUGUUAAAAUGAGUAAGUGUAUGUAACUUCAUAAUCUACAUAUUGAGAGUCUACACACAAAAACAAGUUUUUUUAAGUCUUGCUUUUUGCAUUCGUAUGUACAUUUGUCAUUCUGAGUGACAAAUAAGGGUCAUUCUAUGUGAAUUGGAUCUAUUCUGUCUUUAAUGCACAGUAGUGAGAUUCUUUCCAUCUCUUCGCAUUAUCAUCCCUCAUAGCAGUAGCCUGUCCUAAUUAGAAUAUGUUUGGAUUGCAUCCACAAGUAGGUCUAAUUAGUAGGUUGUUUAUGAAUUGUAUGAAGGUAAGAUGUCAUAUUCUUCCUUCUUUGAAUUUAUGGAGCACUUAAAUGACAAAAUCUAGUGAGUUUUAUGAAAAAAAAAAAAAAAAAAAAAAAAGAAUACAAGCUACAACCGCUGCAGUAG